AUGCCGUACCUCAAGGACAGCUCGUCCCCCGGAGGUUCUGACUCCGAAUCCACCCACCUAGUCACCUCGAAGCACCAGCGCGUCGUGAACGACUGGGAGUAUACUGGGAGCGAGCACGAGCCACCCCUGAGCGAGCAACUGGAGCCUAUUGCUGUCAUUGGAAUGGGAUGCCGCCUGCCAGGCGAUGUCGCCUCGCCCGCCGAUUUCUGGAAGAUGAUGCUGAACAAGGGGACUGGGCAGACGCCAAAAGUGCCACCGUCGCGAUUCAAUAUUGACGCCCAUUUUCAUGAGAACAAUGACCGCCCUGGUAGUUUUAGUGUGCUAGGUGGCUACUUUUUGAACGAAACCUUACAAGAAUUUGAUCCGAACUUCUUUGGAGUCACCCCUGUGGAAGCAAUGUGGAUGGACCCCCAGCAACGGAAGCUGCUCGAAGUGGUCUAUGAGGCAUUCGAAUCAGCUGGCGUUACUUUACAACACAUUUCAGGGUCUGACACUGCCUGUUUCAUCGCCACGUUUACUUCCGACUUCCAGCAGAUGUCGUUUAAAGAACAUAGUUUCCGGCACAGUUUAGCUGCCACAGGAGUUGAUCCUGGGAUCAUCAGCAACAGGAUUAGUCACAUUUUCAAUCUCCAGGGCCCGAGUAUCGUGGUCAACACUGCUUGUUCCUCGUCGGUAUACGCCAUCCACAAUGCUUGCAACGCACUGAGAACCAAGGAGUGCUCUGCCGCCGUCGUGGGUGGAUCAAAUCUCAUUUUGACUGUGGAUCAGCACAUGAACACUGCCAAAUUAGGUGUCUUGUCACCAGAUUCGACAUGCCAUACGUUUAAUGAGCACGCCAACGGCUAUGGCCGUGCAGAAGGCGUCGGUGCAGUUUACCUGAAGCGACUCAGUGAUGCUAUCCGUGACGGAAACCCCAUCCGAGGAGUUAUCCGAUCCAGUGCAACUAACAACAAUGGAAAAGUCCCCGGCGUCGGCAUUACUCACCCUAGCUAUGACGGCCAGUGUGCCGUCAUCCGGCACGCCUAUCGGCGUGGAGGACCCCUGGACCCAGCAUUGACGGGGUAUUUUGAAUGCCAUGGCACUGGUACCGCAAUCGGUGAUCCACUGGAGGUAUGCGCAGUGGCAGAUUCGAUGAAUGGCUGGCGGCCGGAUAAUGCCGACCCAUUGAUGAUUGGCGCUGUGAAGACAAACAUUGGUCACAGUGAGGCUGCUAGCGGACUCUCCGCUGUCAUCAAGGCGAUUCUGGCCGUUGAGCGUGGCAUCAUCCCACCGACGCGAGGUGUGACCCAGUUGAACCCGAAGAUAGAUUGGAAGGGCUGGAAGGUGAAAGUUCCAACUGAGCCAACGCCUUUCCCAGCCCAUCUUCCCGUUCGGAGAGUAAGCGUUAACUCAUUUGGAUACGGAGGGACCAACGCACACAUCAUCGUUGAGGGAGCCGAUUCUCUCCUCACUGCACCGCAACAAUACAGGUACUCUGGUCUUCAUGGUAGACCCCGAGCUCGCACCACCAGACGAGCGCUCGAACGAAACCGACCAUUUUUACUUCCCUUCUCAGCUCACGAUAAGCCAACACUUAAGCGAAACAUCGAGGCACAUGGAGAGGUUGUACAGCAGUACCAUCUGCUUGAUCUUUCCCAUACGCUCGCCAAUUGUCGGACGCGCUUUCCUAGCAGAGCAUUUACCGUGACUACAAACGCCCAGAAAGAAGCUACCUUUAGCGAAGGCCUGCAACAAUUCGUAUUUGCCGAUAAGAAGAAAGCCGAAUCUCUGGCAUUUGUGUUCACCGGACAAGGAGCACAGUGGCCCCGAAUGGGUGCAGAGUUGAUGACAUAUUACCCCAGUUUCCUACAAAGCAUCCGACAGAUGGAUACCGUCCUUGAGGAGCUGGAAGAUGCCCCAGAGUGGACAUUGGAGGACAGUCUACUGGAAGAUGGGAAGACAUCGCGUGUCAACUUGGCUGAAUUCUCACAACCGCUGUGCACCGCAAUCCAGAUUGGUCUAGUUCAAUUACUCCGAUUGUGGGGGAUCACUCCAUCCGUCACAUGUGGGCAUUCAUCUGGUGAAAUCGCCGCUGCAUAUGCUGCUGGCCUUAUUUCAGCUGCUGAAGCCAUUGUCCUAGCCUAUUACCGUGGGAAGGUCGUGCGCGACAUCAAUACCAAUGGCGCUAUGCUUGCUGUCGGGCUUGGGGCAGACGCUGUGGCCUCGUACAUUGCGGCAUACAAUGGAUCUGUGGUUGUGGCGUGUCACAAUUCCCCAACGAGUAUCACCUUGAGUGGCAACGCGAGCGCCCUAGAAGCUAUACAAGAAAAGCUAUCCGCCGUGAAUGUCUUUGCACGGAUAGUGAAAACAGGCGGCAAGGCGUAUCACUCCCAUCACAUGAAGCCCGCAGCGAGCAGAUAUGAGGCACUUGUUCAGCGUGCUAGGAAGGUUGGAAAUUUGGACGGUGGGAAGUUCGCCACAGAAAAUGUGAGGAUGGUAUCAUCUGUCACUAACACAGUUCUCUCGGAAACCUCGGUCCUUGACGAAACCUAUUGGAGCGCCAAUCUUCUGAACCCAGUCUUGUUUACACAGGCACUUCAGAUCAUUGGCUCUGAUGCAGAAUUCGCCCACAUUGACACAAUCAUUGAAGUCGGACCUCACUCAGCACUUGCCGGUCCAAUCCGUCAGACAAAGACCGAGUACAACUUUGAGAAGCUCCAAUAUCUUCCUACUCUGGUUCGCAACGAACAUUCAGCUGAGGCCCUACUCAAGCUAGUGGGGGAGCUGUUCUUACGCGAUUAUUCGUUUGACAUCGAACGUGCUAUUGCGAUCGAAGAGACUUCUCCAAGUGGCAAGAUCUUCUGCUCCCGAGGAAAUCUGAUUGUUGAUCUUCCCCCGUAUCAAUGGGAUAAAUCCAAAAAGUUCUGGGCAGAAGGGCGUGAGAGCCGGGAACAUCGACAGGCAAAAUACAUGCGGCAUGAUAUUCUGGGAAGCUUGGUCCCAGGAUGCUCCUUGGCAGAGCCGUCAUGGAGGAACUUUCUUAGAAUUCGUGACUUGCCUUGGCUAAAGGACCACUCCCUCGGCGGAGAAGCCGUCUUCCCUGCCGCUGGAUACUUUUCAAUGGCAAUGGAAGCUAUCACGCAGAUUGCUGAGAGAGAGCCCCCGCCGACCUCCAUUGAGGGAUACAUGCUCCGAGAUGUUAGCAUCAAACAAGCCCUUGUCACACCAGAUGAUGAUACUGGCAUUGAGGUUAUGCUUACCAUGCGUCCAUCCCUUCAUACUGCCACCGAAGGCCAAAGUCCGUGGUGGGAUUUCAAUGUAUCUUCAGUUGCCGAGAGCGGCCACGUCAAGGAGCAUAUGGCUGGCAGCAUCGCCACAACCACCCGUCGGGAGGAGCGCAGCAUGCGUGUCAUUCCCAAUCUGCCUCAGCGCGCCUCAGGAAAGUCAUGGAAUCAGGCUCUCAAUGCUGUUGGCUUCUACUACGGUCCAACUUUCCAGGAUAUGGAGAACAUUCGGUUUGAUGGCAAGACAUACGCUGCAACCUGUGAUACGCGAAUCAAGACCACGGUAGAAGGGGUGUUGGGGGAGUCACGACAUAUCAUACAUCCAGCCUCCAUUGACUCAUGUUUACAACUUCUGAUUGUCGCUAAUUGGGCUGGCCGCAGCGCCAUGAUGACAUCCGGUGCUGUGCCUAUCCAAGUGGAUGAAGUCACGAUCUGGAAGCCUACGGCCAAGCAGGUCGAUGCGGGCAAUGCGACCGCUUUUUCAUGGAUAUCUCCACGUGGUAUUCGUGCGUUUAAUGGCCAUAGUGAACUGAAAGCCAAUGAUGGCGAGCUUCUCAUGCAGAUACGAAAUAUGAGAUGCAUGGCGUACGAAGCUGCCGUGCCGCAGCAUGGUGGUGACCCCGCCAAGCCACAACCUUAUGCGGAGAUGGUGUGGAAAUUGGAUGUUGAUGCCUUUGAAACGGUGGAUUUAGAUGUUGCGUCUUUUGCGGAACUCUUCCAUUUCAAGAAGCCGGAAUCAAGGAUUCUUAUCUCUGGAGAAGAGACCGUGGAGGCAGUGCUAGCAAAGUUGCCUUCCGCCCAUACUGUGACCGCAGUGGCAGCUACUACGGAACUCGUUGAUGACCUGGCGACAAGAUUCAAAGGCGUCGAGGGAUUGAUCAUCCAGCAGUGUGACUUAUCCCAAGACUUGGAAAACCAGUCAAUAAAGGAGCGUUCUUAUGAUCUGGUGCUUGCCCCAACCAUUGGUGGCAGCCCUCAUACCAUACGAAAGCUUCUUGCUCCAGGUGGCAAAGCAGUGGUUGACUCUGAUAAGAUCCUUACCAAUGGAUACGCGGCAGCUGGCAUGUCAGAAAGGCGCAGUUUCUUGGGAAACAGUUCAAAGAAUGUCUUGCCUGGAGGAACUGAGACACCCAAAGACACGCCUCACGUCAAUGGCGACUCUACUCAUACAGUUCAUCUCCUGUACCGCGAAAAGCCCUCUGUGAUUAUGGAUGGGAUAUGCUCGGCCUUGGCAGACAGUGGGUUCCAUCUCACUGCAAGCAGCAUUGCCGAUUAUGUUGAUGCAGGGGGCAUCGUUCUGGUGCUCGCCGAUCUGGAGGGGCCACUCCUUCAAACUAUUACCGAACAUGAAUUCCAUUGUCUGCAGCGGAUCACCAACACGGCCAAGAACAUACUGUGGAUUACUGCAGGGGGACAUUUGGCCGGCCAAAACGCAGGGAGCGCCAUGGCAUCAGGCCUGAUCCGCUCUCUUACAUCCGAGCAAGUUUCUUUGAAUGCGAUGUUGGUCGACUUUGAUAUGGAUACGACUAGUCACGAAGACCUGUUCCGCAUUGUGGGAGAGAAGGCCAUGGAACUAUCUCUCCCCUCCCAUUCAAGCGAGAAAGAGUACUGUGUUUCAGGAGGCCAAGUCUUCAUCAGCCGGCUUGUUCCCAGCAAGACAAUCAACGACGCCUACUCCCCUGAUGAGACCAAGACGCGACCGACAAUUUUUGACCCGCAAUUGCCCAUUGUCGGAAAGCUACAAUCUGGUAGGAUCCUUUUCGAGCUGGACAGCCGAGCCGAAGAUCCUCUGGAUUCUGAAUUUGUCGAGGUCCGCGUGCUGUCGACUGGGUUGAACAAAGAGGACGCAGUCAUUGCCUCGGGGUCGGACUUCCCCACUGAGCUGAGCCAUGAGAUAGGUGGUACUGUCGUCCGGGCAGGAGCGGCGGUAAAUGAAUUCAAUGUCGGUGAUCAAGUUGUUGGAUUCAGCUUUGACAAGUUCGCCACCAUCCAGCGAGUACACCGGACCCUUUUGCAGAAGGUCACCCCAGGAGAGUCUCUCGCCAAGAUGACCAGUCUUCCUAUGGCUUAUGGGGCUGCUUUAUAUGGUCUACAAACACUGGCGCUCCUCCAAUCACGUGAGGUGGUCCUUGUAUUACCCGGAGCUGGAUUGGCUGGGGCUGCUGCCGUGCGCAUCACGCAGGCCUUUGGCGGUUACCCCUAUGUGAUCGCCAAGGACCCGGCGCAGGCCGACUACAUUCGAUCGCACUUUGAGCUUGAAAGUCACCAGGUUCUCCUUGGUGAAGAGAUUUCGAGACUUCGCGAUAUCAAUGGGGAUUACAAGGCUGAUAUAAUCUUCUCAUCUGGUUGGGUGGCCCCCGCUGUGGCACGAGAAGCCUGGCGACACAUCGCGCCUUUCGGUCGCUUCAUCAACUGUGGUCGCAAAGAUGUCCUCUCCCGCAGUACACUUGACACUAUCCCACUCCAUCGCGGGGCGCAAUACUUGUCUUACGAUCUUUUGGAGCUCCACAAGCACAAACCACAGGUAAUGGCGCAGUUACUGGCGGAUGCCGUUGAUCUCUAUCGACAAGGCCGUAUCCCUGUAGCGCUGCGUUUACACGAAAGAAACAUUGCCGAUUUGGACGGAGUGCUUGGAUCAUUCUCCGAUGACUUCCAGGCGGGAAAGACAAUUAUCAAGCAUGAACCAUCGAACAGUAUGGUCAAUCUGCUUCCUUCCCAGCCUCGGUUAAGACUGCGCGCUGAUGCUACAUACUUCCUCGUUGGAUGCCUUGGAGGACUAGGUCUAAGUCUGACCUCGUGGAUGAUGAAGCGCGGAGCUCGUAACUUUGCGUUCCUCUCUCGCUCCGGAGCUGAUUCUACGCAAGCUUCCAUCCUUGUCAGCGAGCUGGAGAAUGCGGGAGUCACGGUGCAGGUUUUCCGGGGAGACGCUGGCGUGCGAGAGGAUGUGGAGGCGGCCAUAAAGCAGAUCCCCGAGGACCGUCCUGUUCGGGGAGUUAUUAAUGCUGCUAUGGUACUGAAGGAUGGAUUGUUCCACAACAUGCCGUAUGAGAACUGGACAGCAAGCAUCCAUCCCAAGGUGAACGGUACCCAGAUCCUACACAAAGUGCUUCAAGAAACUCCACUGGACUUCUUCGUCACCACCAGCUCCGUGUCUGGCAUCUUGGGGACACCUGGGCAAAGCAACUACGCCGCUGCCAACAGCUAUUUGGACGCACUUGCACGCCACCGCCAUAGCCUACAGCAGCGCUCGGUAUCGAUCAUUCUGCCGAUGAUUCUUGGUAUCGGUGUUGUCGCCCAAAAUGCCGAGCUAGAAGAUUCGCUGAAGCGGAAAGGCAUGUAUGGCAUCGACGAGGAGGGAUUGUUGAAUGCCUUCGAGGUCGCCAUCAUGGAACAAGGCCAAGGCAUCUCCGACCACCUGGUCGAGGCCGGAGGCAAUGUGGAGCGAUUCUGGGAGACGGAUCCUCGGUUCAGCCAUACUGUGCAUGCGAUGAAGUCGCGAGGCGAUGAAGCGGCAGUCAGCGGAGGUCAGAGCAUCCUGGCCACACUCCAAACUCUCCCGGUGCAUGAAGCGAUUGGCACAGUGCGGCAUCAUUUCGUUGCCAAGCUGGCGCGCAUGCUGAUGUUGAAUGUGGAAGACUUCGAAGAGGAGGGUCGCUCGGUGGCGAGCUACGGGAUUGAUAGUAUGAUUGGAGCGGAGCUCCGCAAUUGGAUCUUCAAGGAGCUGGGGCUGAGAUAUCUCGUUCCAGCAGUUAUUGGGCCCGACCCUGACGAUCCCGAAGUUUGCGGAGCAGGUGUGUAUCAAGCAGGGGAUGGAAGUAGCAUAGAGCUGUAG